AUGGAUUCGCCCAGACUUAAGGCUGAGGAGAUCCCCAUCUCGACCCAGUCGCCCAGCAAUAACAUCGUGGUUCCGACCCUGGACGCGUACGUACGCACUCUUGCUCAGGCGAUGAUCCGGAUGGUCGUUGCUCCAGGCCGUGAGGACUCCAACUGGCCUGCAGGAGACCACGCAAGGGCAUCUGCAUGGCCCCCAAAACGACAGCAGGAACAUUUCACUAGAUAGAUGGUGGUAGCCUAUCGCCAUUGUAGCCUGUACGCGGUGCAGACAUUCGCUGCCUCGGCCGUAAGAAUUGACAAAGAG